AACAACAACAACAACAACAACGUGUUUAUGAAGAUGUCGUAAAGCUCUCGCGAGUGUUGUUCCUCUGAUAAGUGAGUGAGUGGGUUGUGGGUGCACACACACACACAUACGAGUCGAACUACUUAGACGCUUCAGUUGCAGGCUCGGGCGAUAGUCGCAACGCGUUCACCGCAGAGGUCAGAUCGAACAGAGAGCACGCGCCUCGCUCUGCUCUGCUCUACUCUGCUCUGCUCUCCUCUGCUCUGCUCUGAUCGUCAUUCAUGUCCGUGUUGAAGACAUUCGUGGCGCUGGCCAUCGCCUGGCUGAGCGUGACCGCCCACUGCGAUAGCGAUUCGUAUUACGAGAAAUAUUAUGCCGCACGCCGUUUUGUGCCGCUCAAGCGCGAUUCGCCGCUGAGCUUCAACUUCACGCUGACGCUGUCCCCGCAGGACGAGCUGGCGCCGCACGAGCGGCCCGCGCUGGUCGGCAAUCUGGCCGUGCUGGGCGGCUGGCAGGAGGAUCGCGCUGUGCUGCUCAAUCGCACCACUCAGCACAAUGUCUGGAUGGGAUUGGUGCUGUUGCCGCAGAACAGCAGCGUCGAGUACCGCUACUUUGUGGCCGCCGUGGGGCGGAAGGGCGGCGUGCAGGUGCGUCGCUGGGAGUCGCACGUCUUUGCGCACGCCUUCAACACAACGAAGCUGGCGGGCAAUCGCAGCGACGUCCUGGGCACCAUCAAUGGCCAGCGGCAGCUGACGCGCGGCUGGCUGCAGAGCUCCGGCUCCGGCUCCAUUGUGCAGUUCAAGGUGUUCCGCAAGGCCGUGCAGCUGGAGGAGCAGACGGUGCCGCCGGGCGCCGGCCUGCGUCUGCGCCUGCAGCCAGUGCAUCCGGACAGCCUGUCGCCCAUUCUGAGCUCCGCCGCGGCGAACGUGGAGUACGCGCGCAUGGUCUAUGCCGAGAGCAUGUUGCGGGCCCAGCCGGAAUAUGGAGUGCCCUAUGAGGCGGACAAGGAUCUGCUCAUGUUCCAUGUGACGGUGGAGCAGCUGCAACAGGUGGCCUACCAGCUGGAGGUCUAUGGCGAGCAGCAGGAUGUGGUGCGCCUGCUGGGCUACGCGCACCUGCAGCCUGCCGCACUCCGAGGCAGCGAGGGCAGCCUGACCCUGCAGCUAAUAUCCCCGGUCUGGCAGCGUGUUGUGGGCGAGCUGCAUCUGCAGUAUCUCGUGGUGCGUCCCAUGGUCAAUGGCAGCUCGGACUUCCGCACCAGCUUCGUCAACUACUGGCGCAGCAAUUGGACGGCGUUGGAGAUUGGGCAUCGUGGCCUGGGCAAGAGCCUGACGCUGCCCUCCACCUCCGCCCCGCUGCUCAUCGAGAAUACGCUGGCCUCGCUCAUGGGCGCUGCGGAGCUGGGCGCCGACCUGAUCGAGUUCGAUGUGCAGCUGACCAGCGACCUGGUGCCGAUCAUCCAUCACGACUACUCGAUACACGUCUGCAUCGACUCGAAGACGCCGACGAGCAAGAGCGACCUGACCGAGGUGCUCAUCAAGGACCUCACGUACGAGCAGCUGAAGCAGCUGAAGACCUACCAGAUCGUCAACAACAAGAUCAUCGAGUAUCCGGCGCACAGCAAUGUCGAGAUGGUGGAGCAGCGCCUGUUUCCCACCCUGCAGGAUCUCUUCGAGCAGGUGACCUUCCGCGCCGGCCUCGACAUCGAGAUCAAGUGGCCCCAGCUGAAGUCCGACGGGCGCAACGAGAGCGAGCAGACGAUCGACAAGAACUUGUUCGUGGACCGCAUACUGGAGGUGGUGCAGCGGCAUGGCUGCGGUCGCCUCACCAUCCUCAAGAGCUUCGAUGCGGAUCUGUGCACCAUGCUGCGCUUCAAGCAGAACAUGUAUCCGGUGCUCUUCCUCACCAGCAGCAAGGAGAAUGCCUUCGCGGAUCCGCGCACCAGCAACGUGGAGCAGAGCAUCAACUUUGCCCAGGCCAUGGAUCUGGCUGGCAUUGUGCCCAAUGCGGUCUUCUUCAAAACGCAGCCUAACCUGGUGCAGCGGGCCAAGGCGCAGCUGCCGCUGCUGCUGCUCUGGGGCAGCGAACUGAAGGAUCGCGCCUCCAUCGAUUGGUUCCUUUCGCUGGGACCCACUGGCGUCAUCUAUGAUCGCAUGGACCUCUUGCUGCCGCCGCUCAAGUCCAGCGUCUUCGAGGAGGAGCUCGAUUUGCCCGGCUUCUUCCAGCUACAGUGUGCGCCCGCUACGACGCAGCGCCCAGCCAAUGCCACCAUCGAAAGUAUUCUGAGCAAUGUUAAUGUUCUAUAGAUUCUAUUCUAAGUACUCUCUGUGCUUUAAUGCCAAGCAAUAAACGUACCAAACAAAGAAGACAAUUGAAAA